CCUGUUAGAAAUAGGAAAAUUCAAUAAUCAAAGCAAAGGGGAGCGCGAGGAGGAAAAAUCCGGGAUCAGGGCAAGUUUGAUGGCGCAUGCGCGCUGCUGCCUCCAUCCCAAACACACACACAUUUCCCUUGACUUGGAAAGUCAACCAAAGCAGCCCCAAGUGCAGGGAAAAGAGACUUCACCAAGUGAAGGGAGGCCAUCUAAUUCACACUGUCUUCACCUGAGACCACCUCCAAAACAAAGAACUUGACUUCUCUCCUGGCUUUGUACACUGGAAUGGACCUUGAAGCCUGUGACUUCUCAAUGCAAGAAUGAAGUGAAUUUAGAGCUAAAAUCGAGGCAAGAAACCAGGCCUUGAAAUCUCCGAAAGGUAGGAGAGACUUCAGACUGCAAUGGGCAGUUACUGGCAUUGCUGUAGAGACAUCCUGAACGACGUGUUGGAAAAGGAAGUGCACAGGACAGUCUUUCUGCAUUGUGAACAUGUUUGAGACCCCCAUGCAAAGCUGUGCUCUGUUCUGACUCCAAGUCUCCUCAGACAUGGCCGAGGAAAAUGCACCUGAAAGAACUAUAUGCACUGACGCAGCCUCAGGAAAACCCACGAUGGCUGCCAAGCGCAAAGGCGGCCUGAAGCUAAAUGCCAUCUGUGCCAAGCUGAGCCGCCAGGUCGUCUUCGACCACGGGGGAGCUGAGCAGGCACGUGCAGACAAGGGGCCACAGCAGGAGAGCAGCAACAAGGACCUGCCCCAGCCUGGGACCAAGGAGUUGGGGACAGAGUUUUCAGAUGGACUCAGCCGUGUGCAGAAGAUCGAGGAGGACAAAAGGAGGGAGGUGAUUGAGAAGUGGGUGAACGGGGAGUACAAUGAGGAGCCCUUGCUGGGGCGAGCAGAGGGCAAGGAAUGUAAGGGCACCGAGAGCGCAGAGGUGCCCCCCGAAGGGGUUUACAUGGUGCAGCCCAAGGGCUGCAGCGAUGAGGAAGAUAAUGGGGACGAGGCAGACGCUCUGAGGGGCUCGCAGGAUGGUAACUUCUUGGAUGACAGGGAUUCAGAUGGGCCAGCGAAGGACGAUGCCUACCGGUCCUCCAGUGGCGAACCAGGCUCCAAGCUGGGGGCAGGAACCACCUCAGGGGAAGCUUCAUCACUGCGGGAUUACGCCGCCACCACCAUGAACGAGUUCCUGGGCAUGUUCGGCUACGACGACCAGAACAUGCGGGAUGAGCUGGCCCGCAAGAUCAGCUUCGACAAGCUGAACGCUGCUACCUCAGAGGCCACUGCAACUGUUGCCUCUCUCCCCGGCGAAGAUGCCAUGAGCAAACGAGCCCGCUUCUCCAAGUACGAGGAGUACAUCCGCAAACUGAAAGCUGGAGAGCAACUCUCAUGGCCCAUGCACUUGGCCAAAUCUGAGGAGCUGGGCUCCAAGCUGGGCAAAGAACCUUCCUCAGUGCUGGCACAGCCCAUUCGGGUGCCAGGUCCAGACGCCUCCAUGCUGACGGAGACCAAAGCCACUAUCCUGCCACUGCCCUCUCCCAGCAGUUCUCAGAUGCAGGGCCUGAUGUCACGGGCCUCCAAAUAUGACUUCUUCAUUCAAAAGCUGAAGACGGGUGAGAGCAUCAGGCCACAAAAUGGCAACACUUACAAGAAGGCCUCCAAGUAUGACCUAGAAAACGUCAAGUACUUGCACCUUUUCAAGCCUGGGGAGGGAAACCCAGAUAUGGGAGGAGCCAUUGCCUUCAAGACAGGCAAGGUAGGCCGGCCUUCCAAGUACGAUGUGAGGAACAUUCAGAAGCUUACUCCAGUAAAAGCUCCAGUCCCCAGCCUGGCCCCUGCUUCCCUCACCAGUACCCCCAGCAGCACCCCUGUGGCCGGGCCAGAGCAGUCCAUCUCAUUGCCGUUCAACACUCCUGAGUACCUGAAAUCAACUUUCUCCAAGACGGACUCCAUCACAACUGGAACAGUCUCUACAGUAAAGAAUGGAUUACCCACUGACAAACCAGCCGUCAGCGAAGACGUAAAUAUUUACCAGAAGUAUAUUGCCAGGUUCUCUGGCAGUCAGCACUGUGGACACAUACACUGCGCGUACCAGUACAGAGAACAUUACCACUGCCUUGACCCAGAGUGCAACUACCAGAGAUUCACUAGUAAACAGGAUGUGAUUCGGCAUUACAACAUGCACAAGAAACGUGAUAACUCCCUGCAGCAUGGCUUCAUGCGCUUCAGCCCCCUGGACGACUGCAGCGUGUACUACCACGGCUGCCACCUGAACGGGAAGAGCACUCACUACCACUGCAUGCAGGUGGGUUGUAACAAGGUCUAUACAAGCACCUCUGAUGUGAUGACCCAUGAGAACUUUCACAAGAAGAACACGCAGCUCAUCAACGACGGGUUCCAGCGGUUCCGUGCCACGGAGGACUGCGGCACUGUGGAAUGCCAGUUCUACGGGCAGAAAACCACUCACUUCCAUUGCAGGAGACCUGGGUGUACAUUCACCUUCAAGAACAAGUGUGACAUUGAGAAGCACAAGAGCUACCACAUCAAAGAUGAUGCCUAUGCCAAGGAUGGCUUCAAGAAGUUCUACAAGUACGAGGAAUGCAAGUAUGAGGGCUGUGUCUACAGCAAGGCCACCAACCACUUCCAUUGCAUAAGGGCAGGCUGUGGCUUCACCUUCACCUCCACCAGCCAGAUGACUUCCCAUAAACGCAAACACGAGCGCCGGCACAUCCGGAGCUCAGGAGUGUUGGGCCUGCCUGCCUCACUCCUGGGCUCCAAGGAUAACGAGCAAGAGGAGUCCAGUAACGAUGACCUUAUUGACUUCUCUGCCAUGAGCUCCAAGAACUCCAGCCUGAGUGCCUCCCCAACCAGUCAACAGUCUUCCGUUUCUCUCAUCGUCCCAGCUGUACCCUCCUCUGCGGCUGAGCUUGCUUCCUCACAGGCCACCAAGUCUGCCAACAGCAUGACACCAGCCACAAAGAUCUCUGGCCUGCUUUCCCAGGCUCUUCCCAGCAAUAUACCCUUGGCCCUGGCACUCUCCAACUCAGCCCUUCCUGGAACAGCUGGAUCCUUCUUUCCCAUCAUCCCUAGUCGGGUCUCUACACCACUUCCUGCCAGCUCGGCUAAUCUGAUGACUGCUGGUUCUUCUGGCACCAAUCCAACAUCAUCUGCUCCUACAGAUUCCUCAUCCCAGGCAGUUUCAGGAUCUGGUGAUCCAGUGGCUACUUCUUCUCCUGCUCCAGCAGCCUCUAUAAUGGAAAGGAUCUCUGCUAGCAAGGGAUUAAUCUCUCCUAUGAUGGCCAGGCUGGCAGCAGCUGCACUCAAGCCCUCUGUGGCACUUGAAGCAGGGAAUGGACAACCAGCACCUCCCGGACGGUUCAAUCCAGUCCAGGUGAAGCAGGAGCCUGCGGAGGCCAUGGGACCGUCAUCUGCCACCAGUCAGGACCCCUUGCAGGAGCACAGCUUGGACCUGAGCAUCAAGGACCAUGGUAAUGAAUCAAAUGGCCACACAGUCUCGGCAAAUUCAUCUCUUUUAUCCUCGCUUAUGAAUAAGAUGUCCAAGACCAGUGCCAGCCUUGGCAACCUGCUGAACAUUAAGACUGAAGGCGAAGGCAGCCAGGCUGGGGCUGGGGAGCCAACCCAGUACUUGGGCAAGGCAGUGAAGGCACUUGUCCAAGAGAAGCUCUCUGAGCCAUGGAAGAUGUACCUGCGCCGGUUUGGCACCAAGGAUUUCUGUGAUGCCCAGUGUGACUUUCUCCAUAAGGUGCAUUUCCACUGUGUGGUGGAGGAAUGCGGAGCCCUCUUCAGCACUCUGGAUGGAGCCAUUAAGCACGCCAAUUUUCACUUCCGAACUGAGGGUGGAACUGUGAAAAGCAACUCUGAGUCUCCCUUCUCAACUGCUACUGAGAAUAAGGCUUCACUGGCCCCUUCGUCACCAUCUGCUCCUUCUGCCACCAUGGCCAGUGCUCCUGCCCUUGACGUGCCCACUCCAAAUCCAGCUGCUGUGCCCUCUGCCCCCACACUACUUGCUUGGAAGCAGCUGGCUUCAACCAUACCCCAGAUGCCUCAGAUCCCAGCAUCAGUGCCUAACCUGGCAGCUUCACCCUUGGCAACGACUUCCCUGGAGAAUGCCAAGCCUCAGGUCAAACCUGGAUUUCUCCAGUUCCAGGAGAAUGAUCCCUGCUUGGCAACAGACUGCAAGUAUGCCAACAAAUUCCACUUCCACUGUCUCUUUGGAAACUGCAAGUAUGUGUGCAAAACCUCUGGCAAAGCAGAAUCCCACUGCCUGGACCACAUCAACCCCAACAAUAAUCUGGUGAAUGUGCGAGACCAGUUUGCUUACUACUCCCUGCAGUGUCUCUGUCCAAACCAGCACUGUGAAUUCCGGAUGCGAGGGCAUUACCACUGUCUGCGUCCUGGCUGCUACUUCGUGACUAACAUCACCACCAAGCUGCCCUGGCAUGUGAAAAAACAUGAGAAGGCAGAGAGAAGGGCAGCCAACGGCUUCAAGUAUUUUACCAAGCGGGAAGAAUGUGGCAGACUAGGUUGCAAAUACAACCAGGUGAACAGCCACUUCCACUGCAUCCGAGAGGGCUGCCAAUUCUCCUUCCUGCUCAAGCACCAAAUGACAUCCCAUGCCAGGAAGCACAUGAGAAGGAUGCUGGGGAAGAACUUUGAUCGUGUUCCUACUCAGGUUAUUGGCCACACUCCAAGAAAUGAAAAUCUCCCCCAGGUUGGUAGCAUGGCACCCAGCCCAGCCUCAUCAGGAACCCCAGCUUCCUUUCAGGGACCCCCAAGCAUGAUGGACACUGAAACAGAAGAGUACAUGGAUUAUACUGGCUGUAGCCCUGGGGGUAUCUCCUCUGAAUCUUCCAAUAUGGACCGCAGCUGCUCCAGCACUCCAGUGGGCAAUGAAAGUACAUCAGCAGGCUGCCUGGUUCCUUCUACUGCUACUGCUGCUGCCGAUGAUGCAACCCACACUGCACCACAACCUCCACCACCAUCUCUGCCUCCAUCUUUCUCACAAGCCCUGCUUAGGUCUCCCCUUCCCACCCUCCCCUAUCUCUUCUCUCCAUCUUGUCUCUCAUACUCCUUGCUCAGUGCCACUCUGGGAGCCAGCAGAGGCAUUGUCAUGCCUGCCGCCAGCACCGCUGGGUUUUCGCCCAUCAUUGCCACUCCAACUCCAGUAAAAAGUGACGUUCCCUUAGUGCAGGAUGCAGCAGGGAACACCAUCACUAUGCCAACUGCCUCGGGGGCCAAAAAGCGUUUCUGGAUUAUUGAGGACAUGUCCCCAUUUGGCAAGCGCCGCAAGACCGCGUCCUCACGCAAGAUGCUGGAUGAAGGGAUGAUGCUGGAGGGAUUUCGGCGCUAUGACCUCUACGAGGACUGCAAGGACUCCAGCUGCCAGUUCUCUCUCAAGGUUACCCACUACCACUGCACACGGGAGAACUGUGGCUACAAGUUCUGUGGCCGUACCCACAUGUAUAAGCAUGCCCAGCACCACGACCGUGUUGACAACCUAGUAUUGGAUGAUUUCAAACGCUUCAAGUCUUCACUGAGUUGUAACUUCCCAGACUGUCAGUUCUCUGGCAAUAGCACACACUUCCACUGUCUGCGCUGCGGCUUCCGCUGCACUGACAGCACCAAGGUGACAGCCCACCGCAAGCACCACGGCAAGCAGGACGUCAUCAGCGCCGCCGGCUUCUGCCAGUUCAGCUCGAGCGUGGACUGCGAGGUGCCUGACUGCAAGUACAAACUCAAAUGCUCCCACUUCCACUGCACCUACCCCGGCUGCAAACACACAGUGGUGGGGAUGUCACAGAUGGACUCGCACAAGCGCAAACACGAGAAGCAGGAGCGAGGGGAGCUGCCUGCCAUCUCUCCCGGCCCCGAGGGCCUUGCCCACUCCACUCUUGAAUAUGAUAUCCAGAACUCUUCCAUCAACCUGGACAGUUCCCUCAACCUCAGCACUGACAACAACAGCUCCCUCUUCUUCCUGCAGAAUGCAGCUGGUGUGGGCCUCAAUGACUCACUGGACCUCAGCAAGAAGCAGGCAGAAGUCACCGAGGGCCCUUCCCCAAGCAGAGCUGGGGCCGCGCCACAGGAGAGGAACGCUGGGGCAUCUGGCUCUGGUGAUGUGGAGGAUGAGGAUGACUCUUCCCAAGAGGAUGAAGAGGAUGAUGAGGAGGAGAUGAAUGAAGAAGAGGAGGAUGAUGAAGAGGAGGAUGACGAUGAUGAUGAGGAGGAGGAUGAGGAGGAGGAAGACCUGAACACAGAUUCUGAAGAAUCACUGCCAGACCCUGAAGGCCUGGCCACUAAAGAAGAUGGAGAACCAGAGGAGGGUGCUUCUUCCACAGACCAUGGCGAUGCUUCCAGGCCACAGGGCGAGCCAGCCCUCACUCCAGCCCCGACUCCUGCUUCUGCUCCAGCUCCGCCUGCUGCCUCAGCCUCCACCAUUGCUCCAGCAGCUUCUCCUUAAUCUUAGAGGCAACAGCGGCAGUGGUUUGGUUUUUCUCUUACACAGAAUUACUAAGAGAACCCCAUGUGAGGCGAGAACAAAGAUGGGGAUGGCAAAUGAAAAACAAACUCGGUGCCACAAAUGAGAGAGAGGAAGGAAGGAAACCCCUGCUCUUCACCAGGCCCCAUAAGAGAUCGACUCGCAGCAGGACUGGUGCUGCAUCACUCCAUUCUACAGAUCCCGGAACAAGGGGGCAGGAUGCAGCAAAAAAUACCCUUUAUACAGACAUGAACCCUGAGGAUACCUGCUGCUUUUCCUUGCUCCCUGCAUGGUGCGUGGGGCCUGUGCCCAUCUGGGGACCCUUUGUUAUGGGUGGGGCUCUAUCCCCCCAAUUUUCUUUCUGGGUUUUAUUUUUCCAUGUUUUCAGUUGUACGAUAAUAAUAAUAAUCUCCACUUCUUGGAGGGGGGUGGGUGGGAACAAGAGGUAAUGAAUUUUAGAAAUAUAUAUUUGUGUGUGUGUCUCUAUAUAAUGUACACACACACACAUAUAUAAAAUAAAAGGAAUUGGUGUCACAAAGACAAGUAGCUCAGCUUUUGCCAGUGGGAAGGAGGGGGUGAGGAGUGUGCUCUCUCUCUCCACCCUUCCCCCUUCUUUCUCCAGCAUUAAAUGAAUGGCAUCAGACAGCCAGGGUGGGAGUGGGUAUUUAUUGUCACAUAAAUGAGGAUGCAUUAAUGAAUGAGCAGGGGUGGGAAUGGGACACUCCUCUGUUCUUCCAGAUCCUUUUUGCUGUUAAUGAUAAUAAUUUUGAAUGCUAUUUAUAUUGUAAAACUUUCUCAGUCUACACUUUCUCUGUAGGACACCUCUCCUCAUCCCUGCUGUUCUGACUGUAGGGAUUUAGCUGAAGUAACCUGGGAAGAACACAGCAGGCAGUUUAAAGGGUCUGUCACACUGGAGGACUGGGGUUACUCUGCCAUCCAGUUCCAUCUCAUCCCAACCCGUAUGUGCUUCCUCUCUGCUGAGGGUGAGGCGUUUUUGUGGUGCUUCAGUAUCCCCAUCUCAGGAGGCUCUGAGCUGCCCCUGCCCCAUGGUGCAGCACAGGGAGCACCAAGCUUGCACAGGAGCAUCCUGGUCACUAAAGCAGCCUUGAGAACGUGCCCUGCUCUGCCCCAGGCAGUCAGACCUGGACAGGUCCCAGUCCCCAAGCCGUGGUCCCCAGCCCUGCACUGCAGACAUGCCAGUCUGUGACUGCAUGGAUGGACACAGAUCUUGCACUGCUGCCCAGGGAGGAGAAGGCAGGACACGCUCUGAGCCCAUGGUGGGGUGUCCUGCUCAGCUCUGGGGUGGGGAGGGGGACACCCCUGUUCUGCAGCACCCCUGGACCUGUACUGCCUAGUCCUGGGUUUUGCAGUUACAGAUCCUGCUGCACCCCCACAGCCCAGAGACCCCAGCGCUGGGGAGGUGCCACCCAAGAAUUGCUGCAGGUCUGGGCCAUCCUGACAUAUUUUGAUGAGUAGGGCUGAGGGCUUGGGCACUGCAUAAGCAAAUGCAACCAGACUGUGUUGAGACCUGCCACCUCCAGCAGCUUGGGCUUUCCCCUGGUUCCAGGCUCUUCCCUGCUAUCUUUUCCUGGCCUGAUCUGGGAACACACACUACAGGACACUGUCCCGGACUCUGGCAGGUGAGACAGUAGCUGUUUGACCCCAAAUCCUUGCUUGAGCCUGAGAGGGCUUGUCUACACACACCAGGGCACCAGAAGGACUAGUAUGAAUUAAUUCUGAUAGUUAUUUUGGUGCCAGUUUUAAGUAUACCAGAUUAGUCUGAGCUUUGUCCUUUUUUUAAAAAAAAAAAAUCUUUUUUUCCAAUACCAUGCAGGCACCCUCUCCCCUCCUCAGCUCCCUGAGCACUUCAGCUCUAAGGGAUCCCCAGGAUUUAUUGUCACCCGGAACAGAUAAAGGCCUCAAGAAGUUUAGGUUUCUCUUCCUUUUUUUUUUUUUUUUUUUGUUAUUUCCCUAAGGAACUGGUGCAGAUCAGGUCUGAUUUAUAAACAAGCAGCUCAGCUGUGUAAAUGUGGGGACUGAAUGUUCAGCUAAUGUUUCAAAAGGAAAGGAAAAAAAAAAAGUUGUACAGUAUUUUUCCUGUAAAGGUUAUUACUAUAUAUAGAACAAAAGAGAAACCACCAAUGCCAGUGGGUGGAGGGGGAGGUGUCACCUGCCUUCUGGAUAGCCCUUACAUAUGGUUAAUUGUGUGCAAUUUUUUUUCUCCUUUUUUUUUUUUUCCUCUUUUUUUUUUUUUUUUUUUUUUUUUUUUCUCUCUCUCUUUCAAUGUAGUGUAUGUUUGUAGGGGUGGCAGGGGAGGGGGAAGCCUUAAUGCUGUGGUUUGAGGCUGACUUCACACUCCCAGCACUGACCGGACCUGCACGAUUCCGAAUUCUAACUUGAAUUUUGUAGAGAUGAAACAAAUGAAAACAUAUGAAAUAUUAUUACUAGUUUGUAGUUUAUUUAAUUCUUUGGAGUUCUUUUCCUCUAUCAGCUAUUUGUGUGGCUUUUAUUUUUAUAGGGGGUUUUUUUUGUUUGUUUGUUUGUUUUUGUUUUGUUUGGUAUAUCCCCUGCCCUCAGCUGUGUGUUUCCUAGCACAACCCCAUUCUUGAACAGAAUGAAGCUCACGUUCCUGGGGCAGAGUGAUGGAAUGAUGCCCUGGAAUUUCUCAAAAUGGGAUGGGGCAAAAAGAUUUUACUUUACUAGCAUUUGCUGCAGGUUCUGUACUUGUACAUUUUCCCCAUGUUCAGCUACUUAGAUAGUAUGGUGAUGGGCUCCAGGAGGAAUCCUCAGAUUAACACAAGCCACAUCUUGCAAAGCAGAUGUGAUUAUUUUGUACCGCCAAAAUCAACAGGAUCUCUGUCAGUGACUGUGGGAGCAGGACCAAGCCCUCCUGAGAGCAUGUCCUGCCUGGGCACAUGGAGCUGGUGCCAGGGGUGACCAGAGGGCUUCCUUGGGCCACUCAUGUCCCCGCAGGAUAGACAGGUCAUGUCCCUGCUCUUGGCAGCUGGGACCCUGCACUGUGACACAGUGUUUUACCUCUCCCCUGUCCUAUCUCACCAGACUCCACUGACUGAGUCACUGCACAACAGUGGGGAAAGCAGAAGUGUGUGGAGGAAGGGGGUAAGAGAUGUCCAGUGGCUCUGCCAGUGCUGGACGGGACGCACCAUCCCAGGAGCAGCCGGAGGCAGGAGUGGCUGGUGCACCCGCGCCAGGGUCCACCUGGAUGGGGCCCUGUGUCACACAUCCUGUGUGGCUGAGUGUGCCAGAAGGGCCCGUGUUUAUCUAUGCACACCAUUUUCUCCCCCAAGGCACCCUACUUCUCCCUAACAUCUCAGCCCUUCUCCCAAACUUCUAUCGCCUCUUCUCUAGGAGCUGGCACAGG